CUGGAAUCGCAGGUGAGCCGAAGGGAUCCCAGAAUUCGCUACAACCGUACUACCCCCUACAAAAGAAAAAAGAACCCCAAGACAAAAGAAACCGCCACAGAUAGAAGAUCUAUGUAAAACACUAGCGAUGUGAACGACACAGAGGAAUGUUUAUAAACAAUAAACAAAUGUUUGAAAACUAACAGCGUGCCUUUAUUUCUGGGCUGCAGCUCGGACUUUAUCGCUUUAAGCUAAACUUACAAGGAACAACUAAGGAUGGCUGAAUAGCAGUUUGUUGGAUUUAUUUGCUUAAAGUAAGUAGUCAAACUUUAAAGAUGUGCUAUAGAAAAAAGCGAAGGAGGCAUUAUUGCAGAGUCUGCAAUGCAGACCAGCCAGAUUAUUAAUGUUUAUUCAGUAUUAUUGCAUCAAUGAAUCAGAUAGAAUAUUUUUUCAAAAACUUAUAUUCCAUCCCUAUUUAUAUUUGAACUGAAUAUAGCAUCUAUUCUCUUUGCCGCUUAUGUGCAAUUUUGCUUAUCUCAUACAAAUUAAGCUGACUGUUUCAUAUUUCCCCAAAGCCGGACACUUCUUAUCCACAAUUGAGUUACAAAGUAGGCUUAGUUUGGAAACUGCGAACGCGGGUGGCGAAUGUUGAACAUUUUCGAAACGGCGAAUCGAAGCAUUCGAUAGACUGGCGCGCAGCAUUAUUGACAACAGCGAUUACUGUUAGAACUUUGUUUCCACAGAAUUCGGGUUCAAUGCAAAACAAAUCUUGGCCUUCUUUGAUUGGCUGCCAUUUGGCACUGGACACCUUAUGUGGCAUCACCUUGCAGUCCUUUCGUAGUUAAUUAGAAAUGAAACGGAGCAGGCGAGGAUCCAAUGAGUAUCGGCUAGGCAUGGAUACUGCGUAGUGUGAAACUUCGAUUCCACAAACACAAACACGAUUCAGACACUCAGAAAAAAACAGAUAUGAAACAGCAAGAGCUCAAGGAUGUGCCCACAGUUCGUAUCCUGAUGUUGGGCGACAGAGGUGUGGGCAAGACUAGUUUGACCAAUUUGAUGGCCACUACGGAGACUACGCCCACUCCAGCCUCACGAACCAUUGGCGAGGACUCGUGGCAUGUCCAGGUGCGGUUACAUGAGUAUCCCAAGCCGGUGAUCCUGCCGCCCACGCCCACCUGGACCACGCCCUCCUCGUCGGAGGACUCCGAGAAUUACCCGUAUAUGGAGAGUACGCCCACCACCACGGAUAUCCUGUACUUUGUGGAGUUCUACGACCUGAAUAGCGAUUGGCGCAUGUGCCGCCAUCAGCGCGAUAGCUUCUAUAAGAAUAUUGACGGCAUCGUCCUCGUGUACAGCAUGCUGGACCUUAGCUCGCAGGACAGCCUGCACGAUUGGCUGUACGAUCCGUUGCGACUGAUCUGCAAGUAUCGCCAUUUGCGCAUACGUUCCAUAUUGAAACGCCACCAUGUGCCCAUUCUGGUGGUUGGCACCAAGCUGGACAUGCUGAUGCGACGACCACUGCGUCGAAGCGGCAGCAUUGCCCACCAGCUGAACGUCGAGGAGAUGCUCGUCAACUGCCUGGAUCCCGAGAGCUUUGCGGACAAGAGCCGUAAUCAGGGCAAACUGCGCGACUUCCUAAACCGCGCCGUCGAGUUUAAGGAGCGAUUUCCACUGUUGAGUUUCCGCCACUUGUGACCUUUUAUUUUUUAGUUUCCCAUCAAUUUUUUAAUAAAAUUUAUGGAAAAAUUAA